AUGAGCUUCAAUUACCCGGAGUUUCUCCAUAAGGUACCGAAGAAUAAUGGUGAUGAAGUUUCUAAUACUGAGCCCCAAGCAUCUCCCAAAUCAAGACCUGAAAAUCAUUUGGGCCAAUUAGAUUAUCCUUCAGACCCAAAAGAUACUCUUAGUGGCGCAUCACUUGGUGAAGCUUUCCAACUGGAAUUGGAAUUGCUGCCGGAUAAAUUUGAUUUACUUUAUAACAAAUUGGCUUCUUAUACCAAUAGAAGAGAAUCCAUAGAUGCUAAUUUGAAUCUUCUGCCUGUUUCAAGUGCAUUUAAUCAUCAUCAAUUAAUGCCGAAUAAUAGUAAUACUUCAACUUUCACUGAUGUUUUCAAUUUACCCAUAGAAUUACAAGGUGGAGUGGGGACUAUAAGCUCAAGACGUCCCAGUUAUGCUGCUGAAUCAUUCACUAGAUCAAUGGCCUUACCACCAAUUUCAUUCAAUCCUUCAGGCGUAUCACCAAAUCCAGCAUCAAUUGGUAUCCCUGAUAGUUUAUCACAACAGAAUCAAAACCCCAAUCCACCUGAAAGCCCAACUUCAAUGUCCAGUAAAAAUGUUCCUCAACAACAACAACAACAACCAUUCCCACGUUACAAUGACUUUCAGAACCAUAGUCAAAACCGUCCUGCCUUCUCCCAGAAUUAUUUCGAUCAAUUCAAUGAUUCAUUUGCCAAUUUCAAUUUGAAUUCCAACUUCAACGAUUUCCAAGCAAGAAGACCUUCUCAAUUGGUUGACUUUGGCCAUUUUCAACAUCAUUACCAACCUCAAUUGCCCUCCAUUAAAAGUAGUGGUGCUGCUAAUAAUGGUAGUAAUAAUAACAAUGAUAAUAGUGGCUCAGUUCCAGGGUCUUCUCGUGCUUAUAUUCAACAACAUAGAGAUAACUUUCCACCUCCUCCAAUGUCUGCACCAAUGUUCCAUCCACCUUAUAUGGGAAAAAGUGGUGGUUUUAAUGGUGGUCAACUUGGAAAUGCAACAAAUUCUAAUGGAGAUCCCAUCAUAUUAGAAAAUGGAUUAAUGCUUAAGGAUCAAUAUAUUAUAACUUCUCCCGAGUUAAAGAGAUUAUACAUGAAAACUUUAAAGUAUUAUCAAAACCCUCAUAUUUCAACAAAGAUUAUUAAUGAAUUAAAUGGACUAUUGGCUAAUCCUAUAAUUUUGAAAUUAAUUGGAUUUAUUAAAAACCUUAAUAAUCUUACAUUUAAUCACAAAAUGCUUUGUCUUGUGAUUAAUAAAAAUGGGAAGUUUGAUUUAUUAUCUUGCCCUAUUAAUUCGAAUAUUUAUCUUCAAAAAGAUGAUUUGGUUAUUGUUGAUGGGGAUAGAGGGAAAGAUUUAGUAAUGAUAGCGGAACCAUUGGUUAAUUUAAAUUUUGCUAUUCUUUUCAACUUUCUUAAGAAACUAGAACAUUUGAAAAGUUUGACUAUUAUAGAUGGUGGAGGAACUGUAACAGGAAGAGGUUCCAAAAAGUCUAGUGGGUCUGGUACUCACCUGACAUUACUUAAUGCUUCAGCUAUUAUCAAUGCUCAUUCUAAUGAAGAUAAUGAGUUUAUUAUUACCUUACCUACCAAACAAGUAUUAAGAUUAGCAACCCCAGAAGAAGUUCAUGAGAUUAGUGGGAAAUUCCUUGAAGAAAAGAAAGCAUUUAUUACAUGCCAUAACAAGAUUAAGGAAUUGAAUUUAGAAUGUGAUUUGCAAUUAAUAAAUGUGGAAUAUCAACUGGAUUUUAAGAAGCUUUUCUUUUAUUAUUUUGCUAACUUUAAACGAAUUGAUUUUAGAGUUUUAAUCAAAGAGCUUUUCAAGAUUUAUAAAACCAGAAUUUGGUUAUGUGCUGUUUUACCUUAUGAUAGACCUGAGAUGUAUGUUUCAGGAUAUUCAAAGAAGAAGGAAGUAACGGAAUCCUCAAAGGACCAAAGCAAUAAACUUAUCCCUGCAGAAUAUGACUUGACCAAUGAUCAAAUUCUUAAUUUUUCCAUCAACGAAUUGAACAACCUACAAGACCCUUCAUAUUUCCACCUGAUUAAUUUAUUGAAUUUGAUUGAACAUUUAAAAUCAGAAGCAAAGGGAUACUUUUACGGAUUUGGUAAUUCUAAACAAGAUCAACAAGAACAACAAAACUAUAACUCUUCCAGGGACUACAAGUUAUCAGGAAGGAUGCCAUCUAGCUUUGAUCCAUUUGCUGGGAAAUAG